AUGGCGGCCACCACGGUGACCGACGCCGGCAGCGUCAGGAUCAUCACGGAGGUGAUCCCGGCCACGGAUCCCCGGGCGGCCCAGCUGGCCUCAGGCUCCCAGGCACCUGCCAGGACCUCAUUCCAAACACAAGGCUUCCGGAGGGCUCAUCCCAAGGUGUUGGGGACCAUCCACAUCUUCACUGGAAUUGUCCACAUCUGCUUCGGGCUCAUCCUGACGCUGUCGGAGCACAGUAACCCUUCCCUCCCUGUGGCCAGCGGGAUCCUCUUCUGGCUGGGGAUCCUGCUCCUGGUCUCGGGCUCCUUGCUGGUGGAAAGUGAAAGGAGAGACAGCCCUGCGCUGGUCAAGACCUGCUGCGUGGUCAGCGUGGGCGUUGUCCUGGGCACGCUGGUGGCCACCGGGAUCCACGGCACGGCCAUCACCCGGAUCGUGCCCGGCUGCGAGAAGCCCGGGCUCCUCCAGCGCCGCCCGGAAUGGUGCCUCAACAGGGAGAGCAAGAUGCUGAGCAACAGCCUGGAUUCCAUCUUGGUGAUCCUCGGCCUCCUGGAAUUCUGCGUGGCCGUGGCGGUCCUGGCGUUUGGAUACGACACGGUCCGGCAGCACACAUACAGCCAGCUGGUGAGGGAGGCGGGCAUCCCUGGGAAUCCCUGGAAUGCUGAACCACCCCUUCCUUCCUCCGAAGGGCCGCCCCAGUCCGGGCGUUCCCGUGUCCCUCCCUGAGAUUUCCCUGGAUUUCGCUGUUUUUGCUUUCCCAGGCGCUGUAGCCACGGCCCAGCCCCGCACGUGCAGCCGCAUCCCGGGGGGAUCCCCGCUACCGGAGCCCCCUGGGAUGUCCUCAGCGUGUUCGGCCCCCAAUAAAGGCCUCUCCCCCAGCCCAGCCCGCGCGUGUCUCCGGGGGUGACUCGGGGGGCGGG